UAUACAUUUCUAAACCAACAUGAGUAGCAAAAUAAUCCUCUCCGGCUAGGGUUUUAGAGUUCAAGCCCAAUAUCCGACGACGAGAGUUGAGCAUACGAGUGAGAGCGAGAGAGUAGCGAAAUGGCAGCUUCUUCAGCUCAGACUGCUUUCAAAGGCAAUCUCAAGAAAGCGCUUGCCGGUUUAAGGAGGAUUGAUUUGGAAGGUCUGCGGUGGAGAGUAUUUGAUGCAAAAGGCCAGGUUCUUGGGAGGUUGGCAUCACAAAUUUCUACUGUGAUUCAAGGCAAAGACAAACCUACAUAUGCACCUAAUCGUGAUGAUGGGGAUAUGUGUAUUGUUAUUAAUGCAAAGGAUAUUCAUGUAACUGGAAGAAAACUUACUGACAAGUUUUAUAGAUGGCAUACAGGGUAUAUUGGCCACCUUAAAGAAAGGAGUUUGAAAGACCAAUUGGCUAAGGAUCCUACUGAAGUCAUCCGUAAAGCUGUGAUGCGCAUGCUGCCAAGAAAUAAAUUACGUGAUGAUAGAGAUCGUAAACUGAGAAUUUUUGCUGGUAGUGAGCACCCAUUUGCAGACAGGCCCGUUGAAGACUAUUCUAUGCCUCCGCGUCAAGUACGAGAAAUGCGCCCUCGUGCAAGAAGAGCUUUAGUUCGAGCUCUAAAGAAGGCCGAGCAACAAGAGCAAGGAACUUCAGAUACAAGAAAGAAGAGAAAAAGGGAAGAUGUGGAGCCUGAGACGAGCAUAUGAUGAAUAAUAGCUAUCUUCAUCAACAGCGUGUGUGUGUGAAGGAUAUCCAUGCUGCAUUUACUCGCCUCCCUCAUAGUUGUCUCCCCUGUCAGUGGCGCAUAUACUGCCUCUUGAUUGUAAUCCGUUAUAAAUUAUGCACAAACUUGGUUUCGUGUGUAAUUCCUAAUGUGUCUUGUUGAUAAUGUUAUUGUUCCGGUCAUAAAUUGGGGGCUUAGUUUUCCCAUGGAAAGCUUUUGAACUGGAGGCAAUUAGAGAACUUUUAUGCCAUUAGUUUUCACUUUUUAUUAUC